AUGGCAGUGACCAAGAGGGACUAUGCUGAUGAACAAACAUGGAAGCACUGGACAUGGAGUUCAGAGUCAGAUGUUCUAAUGAAUGGAGCAUUCUUUGUUGAAUCUGGAAGCCCACUUGGGUCCAAGUUCGUUGGUAACCAAUAUGACAAGAUAACAGCAGCACCAGGUGGAUAUGCUGCAACAAUGACCAGGUUUGCUGGUGCACUUAGUUGCAGGGUAGGAAGACCAUGCUAG